GGAUGUCAUUCGCUUUCAUCUUCAUGAUACGCAAGAGAAAAAGUUAUGCGUUCUUGUAACAAAAGAAAAGCAUAAACUAUUAUGAACGGCUGUAAAGUAAGACCCACACGUCUGUGCUCUUUAUGAGGUCCGUUCACAGCCACCGUAGAGCCAAUGUGUACGCAUGCGCCCGUCUCAAAUCAACAAUGGCGGCCUCCUUUGGCGUGUGUAGGUUACGUUUCAGGGGUUUAGGAGGGUUUGAUAGAUUUUGUUUUGGAUUGGAACCUCAAACGCAAGGAAGGUUCACUUCGACUACAUCAGCAAUCAAACCCCAGAUAGAGAACACAACAGCGAAAGCCGCCAAAGAGAGUAAAACAUUUCAAGCAAUCCAAGAGGAGAGAAGAGAGCAAGCUGAAAGAUCUGUUUUGAUCAGCUGUCCGCCUAAGAUCAACGAAAAGAAGUUUUUAGAUUACCUGUCCAAACAUGGGACAGUCAACAAUCAUUUCUUCUACAACAGUUAUGGAGCGUACGCAGUAGUUGAAUUCUCCAGCAGAGACAGCAUUGCCUCAUUGAAGGAGAGCACUAAUAUACCAGCUGUUGAACAUGAAGCUGCAGUGCCUUUUAAAUCUCGCCUGCUCUCGUUAAAAUGGCCAGGGAGUCAGUCGAGCAAUCAACCCAUGCCGAAGUUCAAAAACCAGUCUCCUCCAUCCAUCGGUGAAAUCACCCAGCUGCUCACGGAGAAGGACAGUAUUGAUGAGCAACUGCAGUCUCUGACAGAGGCCUUACAGCUCACAGAAGAGAACGUCAGUCUGCGUUUCCUCGUUUGUUCCCUGCUUCAAGACAUAGCUGGAGCAUAUUUCCCAGAAUGCAUCAUCAGGCCUUUUGGAUCCACUGUCAACAGCUUUGGCAAACUGGGCUGUGAUGUUGACAUGAUUCUGGAUCUUGAUGGCAUUUAUGCAACAAGCCAGAAAAAGGGUUCAGGACUGUCUCUUGAGUACCAGGUGAAGAGAGGAGCAUCAGAGCGAGCUGUGACCCAGAGUAUCCUCUCAGUCAUUGGAAAAUGUGUAGACCAGUUCGGCCCUGGAUGUGUGGGAGUCCAGAACAUUCUCCAAGCUCGAUGCCCUCUCGUCCGUUUUGCUCACCAGCCCUCUGGCUUUCAAUGUGAUCUCACUGCAAAUAACAGGGUGGCGAUGAAGAGUUCAGAACUGCUGUUUCUCUAUGGCCAGCUGGACCCUCGUGUUCGGCAUCUGGUGUUCAGUGUGCGAUGCUGGGCUCGGGCUCAUAGCAUCACAAGCAGUAUUCCAGGAGCAUGGAUCACUAACUUCUCUUUAACGGUCAUGGUAGUGUUUUUUCUACAGCAGAGGAAUCCUCCCAUACUGCCCACACUCGACCGACUCAAGGAGCUUGCAGGACCAUCAGAUAAAUGUGUCAUUGAGGGUAAUGACUGCACUAUUGUCAGUGACCUUAGUAAGAUUACACUGCAGCAGAACACAGACACAUUAGAGAAACUGUUGCAGGAAUUCUUCGAGUUUUAUGGCAAUUUUCCCUUCAACAAGGCAUCGAUCAAUAUCAGGAAGGGAAGGGAGCAGACCAAACCGGAAACGACAGCUUUGUAUAUCCAAAAUCCAUUUGAAACCACUCUGAACGUUAGCAAGAAUGUUAACGGAACACAGCUUGAACGUUUCGUGGCUCUUUGUCGAGAAAGUGCUUGGCUUCUCCAGCAAAAGGAAAUUCUUAACCGAAGUUCGGUCUCACCGUGGGGGUUCGCCGCACUUCUCCUUCCUUCAGUCACCUCGGGAACAGGGGUGAAAAGUCGCAGGAAGAGGAAACUGGAACCGGCUAGUUCAAGAAUAAAGAACCUGUUAGACUCUCUGAAGAUUAAAGGUGGUGAAACUGUUGCAAAGAAGGGAAGUGAAAACUCUAGUAGGUGAUCUGGUCAAUAAAUCCCACUCACCCUGAAGAACACGGGGGGGAAAAAAAUCUUCUGAAGAACGAAUUUAAAUGACCGACAUGCCCAAAGACUGGAACAAACGUGAACUUCAUAAAUUUCUACAGUCUGAAUCUGUAAGUCUUUUAAGAAAUGUUAAACAACUAAGCUCAGUUUCCUUUCUACUCAAGUAUUUCACAUGAAAGAGAAGCUUUGUAGAUCCCAACAUGAUAUAACAGGAGGAAGAGGUCAGCUGUGUUCUUUGACUCUUAGAAAAAUGGAGUUCAGUGGUUGUUGUGUUGAUCUGAUAACACAAUCAUUACGGUUUCCAGAGAAGUGGAGCAGAACCUCUGAACACUAAACAGCUUGCAUGGAACAGUUUUGAUUAUGUUAGAUCACACACAAACUCCAUCUACUCUGAGCUGCCAUAAUAAUACAAUAGCCUAAUGACUCUAUGCAAAAGCAAAGCUCAUGUCAUGUUUUACUAGGGCUGUCAAACGAUUAAUAAUUGCGAUUAAUCACAUAUAAAAUAAAAGUUUGAGUUUGCCUAAUAUUUGUGUGUGCACUAUGUGUAAUUAUUAUGUAUAUAUAAAUACAAAUUAAUGUAUAUAUUUGAGAAAUGUUAUUUACUAUAUAUAUAUAUAUAUAUAUAUAUAUAUUAUAAUAAAUGCAUAUACUUGCAAAUAUUUCUUAAAUAUAUAUACAUGAAUGUGUUUGUAUUUAUAUAUACAUAAUAAUUACAGUAAACAUAUGUUAGGCAAACUCAAACUUUUAUUUUGUAUGCGAUUAACAGCCCUAGUUUUUACACAAAUAUGGUGUUGUGAGAGCUGCAAAAAGAAUAAACGGGCACUGUCAACUAAUGUACAUAAAUAAUGUUUUAUAAGAUAUUAAAACAAAGUAACGUUCAGACCAUUACAGUUUGUUUCUUCUUGCGC